AUGCAUCGAAGACCGCAACCAAAAAAGGGUGCCCCUGAGUGGUCCAAUGGUCCGGGAGAAGGCAAAGCGUCUGUUAAAGAACCUGGUGAUAGUUUUGGUGGUGAAUAUACAUAUGGAGGAUUACAAGCAUCGGAAGGUUGGUUCAAUAAAUUCAAGGUAGGACAAUCAUUGCAUAGCAUUAAAAUUGUUGGAGAAGCUGGAUCUGCUGCAGAAAGAUAUUUAGAAGAAUUUGUAAACCUAGUAGCUGAUGGAGGAUACAAACCUGAGCAAGUAUUGAAUGUAUACAAAAGUGCACUGUUUUAG